CGUGAAAGAGGGAACCCAAAAAGAAACAAACAAACAAAAAAAAGGAAAGAAAUCCCACCCACGGCAGGGCGAGGACAGGGUCGGUGGUGAUAGGAGAGGUUCCAGGGCACUUUCGGCCAUCCAGCCGCCCCCACCCGUGAAACGACGCUGUCACAACCCCCGUUUCGAUGCGUGGGUGUCAGUCAGAUGUUAAAGCUGGCGACGAGGCCGGUCGGCACCCUGUUGUGUCACUGCAACACGCCCAACACCCGGGGGCAGCACCAGGCUGCACAGUCUGUCAAAGGACUCGCAGUCGUCUGUCUGAAUGGGGCAGUUAGUUCAUCACUUCCAAGAUACACUUUUGCCUUCUUCUUCUCUCUCUCUCUCUCUCUCUCUCUUUUUCUCUUUCGACUCAGCGAGCGGCAGAGGCGGGGAUCGGACGCCGAAGCUGAAGUCGAACAUUUCUGCACGCAGAGCGUGAAAACAGACCCGCCCUCCAUCCGAAAAUAACCCGCCGCGGGGUUGCAACAGGAAACUUGCGCGCCUCACCUCCUGCAGCACCGCCGAUGCAUCAUUUGACACUCGAGCAGGUUCCCCAAGUCCACGCCAGCGCCGCAGCACCCCGGCCGCGUCCCCGCCGUCGCCACGCCUGAAACCCGGAGGAGCCGUUAGGGAGAAAUAAACAGAAAACAAAAACAAAACCAAAAAAACCAUUUAGACAGAUGACCUCUUUCUACGACGAGAAAGAUUUGGAGGAAGAGCUCAGUCGCGUCAGCUACCCCGAUGAGGACUUGGAGUUUGAGUACUUGUUUGAAUAUGAGCCACCUUGCAGCGACUUUGCUGGGGGAGAUCCAGAUGACCCCAACCUCGCCCCUCACAAAGUCCUCGGCCCCGAGUCGGAGCAAGCCUUCCCCGUGGAGCAGGCCUCCCCAUACGGCAUCAAGUCCUGUCGCCCGCCCUACGGUGAACACAACACUGAGGUCCUCUCGGGAUAUGACAACCAGGAGGCCAGAAGCUACCUGGACGGUACCCGGCCCGCAGGCCUGGCUCUAAGCCCGCGGAUUGAGAUCACUCCCUCCCGUGAGCACUACAACCAUGGUCGGGACUCCCUGCAGAACCACCACCUGAACAUCAGCCCCAGACCCACCCUGACUGUGCCCGGCCACGAAAACCUUCCCUUCCGUGAGCCCCAGUGCCUGAGCCCCGCCAGCAGCAACUCCUCCACCAGCUGGCACUCGGAGAGCUACUCCCCCUGGGCGUCUCCUUGCGUGUCCCCCAGCAGCGGCCAGAACCCCGGAGACCUCUGCUCCCGAUUACAGAACAUUCACACUGGCUCCCCGCGCACCUCCCCGGGCACCUCUCCCCGCACCAGCCUAGCCGAGGACGGCCUGGGACACCGCUCGCCAUCCCCGAGACCCGGCUCCCGCUCCACCUCCCCACAGGGCAAACGCACCUACGACAUGUACAGGAACCCGGGCUUAGUCCCCGGGCACCGCUCCCGCAGUCCCUCCCCCCACAGCGGCCAUGAAGAUCACAACAUAGGCGCCCACUAUACACACAGCAGCCUUGCUGAUGCCAUGAAUGGUUUUGGCGCCGGUCAGCCAGGACUGGUGCCCACUAAAAUAGUCAAGACGUCCAACCAGGUUUACACUCUGUACCCAGAGAACCACGGAGACGGGAACUACUUGGUGUCCUACGACCAGGACAUAAAAACCAAACCUGCUGCAGAGCCUUUCUUUGUCAUCCCCCCAAUCUGGUCCAAGCCGCUGGUUUCCAGCAUCUGCAGCAUCCCUGUGGCGUCUCUCCCCCCACUGGAAUGGCCCAUCCCCAGUCACACAGACCAGUACGAACUCCACAUUGACGUGCAGCCCAAGCCGCACCACAGAGCUCAUUAUGAGACGGAGGGGAGCAGGGGUGCAGUCAAAGCCCCCACGGGAGGACAUCCUGUUGUACAGUUACAUGGCUACAGAGGCAAGGAGCCACUCGGCCUGCAAAUCUUCAUCGGUACAGCAGAUGAGCGGAUCCUCAAGCCCCACGCCUUUUAUCAAGUCCACCGCAUCACUGGCAAGACAGUUACGACCACCAGCUUCGAGAAGAUUAUCAACGGCACCAAAGUCCUUGAGAUCCCCCUGGAGCCAAAGAACAACAUGAAAGCAAUAAUCGACUGUGCUGGGAUCCUGAAGCUCAGGAACGCCGACAUCGAGCUGAGGAAGGGCGAGACAGACGUUGGCCGGAAAAACACCCGAGUUCGUCUUGUGUUUCGUGUGCACAUACCUCAGCCUGGAGGACAGCACGUCUCUCUCCAGGUGGCCUCGCAUCCCAUUGAGUGCUCCCAGCGUUCAGCACACGAGCUUCCCAUGGUGGAGAAGCAGGACAUGGACAGCUGCUGUGUUCUGGGCGGCCAGCAGAUGAUCCUGACUGGGCAGAACUUCAGCUCCGAUUCCAAGGUCAUUUUCAUGGAGAAAACCCAGGAUGGGCAGCAAAUUUGGGAAAUGGAGGCAACAGUGGACAAAGAUAAGAGCCAGCCUAGUAUGCUGUUUGUGGAGGUGCCAUCCUACCGAGACACGUCUGUCUGCCAUCCUGUCAAAGUGAACUUCUACGUGAUCAACGGCAAGAGGAAGCGCAGCCAACCUCAACAUUUCACCUACACACCGCUGACAUCGCCAUCCAUCAAGACAGAGCCCAUAGAUGAGUAUGAAGCAGACCACAUGGGCUUUGCCGUGCCUCAGAUCUUAGGCUUAUCCCCUCAUUCCUACUACCACAAUCCACGCAGCGUCCUCCACCCCGAUAACGGCCUGGUCCCCGGCAUGGCCUCCUGCCAGCGUCUGAGCUCCAGCCUUCCGAGCCAAGACGCACGUUUCCAGCAGCAGAGCCCGGCCAUCAUCUACUCUCGCGGGGGCAAGAGCCUGAGCGGCACCCCUGGCCUUUAUCAGCAGAGUGGGGGGAUGAUGCCCGACCCCCACCGGUCGGUCCUGGUCCACACGGGCUCCCCGGCUCAGUCUGUGGGUCCCAUUGGCGCGGGCCAGCACCCUUCUAUCAUACAGUUCUCACCCACCAACCACCACCUACUCCGGGCAGGAGACCCUCAACCUCUCACUGCUCCGCAGCCUGACACCCAGCAGAUCAUCUACUGCGACAGCUACUCCCCUCAGGGAGCCAGCUCCCACUCACCAACACCCCCCCAGGCCCAGGCAGCCGUGACCCACCCUCAGCACUAUCCCACCGUGAUCCAGCAGCAGCAGCAGCAGCAGCAGCAGCAGCAGCAGCAGCCCUUCGGGCAGAAGGGGCAGCAGAAAAGCCGGGCUCCCCCCAGCACGGGGCAGAUGGAGGCUUCGGGAGACGGACAGAGGAGGGUGACGGUCAAAGAGGAGAACUUGGACCAGGCCUACCUAGAUGAUGGUGAGUUGAAUGAGAUCAUAAGAAAGGAUCUGACGGGCGUUCAGGCCAGAGGGCAGACAUAGAGGGACUCGAGCAGGAAAUGACAACGUAUGCCCCCGGCGCGCACACACACACACACACACACAGCCAUCAGCCUUCCAGUGAGGUGACGCACUUCCACCAGCAAUUAGACUUCCUCGUUUUCUUUAUCCAUAGAGAUAGAAACAUCAGCUCCGGACUGUCGUGUUUGCUUUGGAUGUUUUCCUGCAAUAAACAUUCGACAAACAGAAGAAUUUCGUCCGACCCGUAACACCUGCCGCCAACACCCAGCAGGUUUCCAACACACCGAUGAGAAACAACAGGCAAAAUGUGCCUUAUUUUCGUUCCUUCUUCUCGCCAGGUUCCAAUUUCCUUUACAAAGGCCGAAAAAGAUAAAAUCAGGGCAAAAUGAAAUGCCAGGAGUAGCAUUAGGCACGCCGCCUGGGCAGUGAAGUCACACCUGUUUGUCCAGGACGUAUUUGCCUCGUACUAGUGAACGAUGGUUAAGGAGCGGUUUCAAAAGAAAUGUGCGAAGAGAGUCCGGUGGUGAUCAGGUUAAUACCGUACCAAAAAUAUUCAGCCCUGAUACAGCCAAAAUUUCUUGUGGCCAAAACCUUGUCGUCUUUUUGCUCAAUUCUUCUUGCACAAAGUGUGUAUUUUGUCUGUGGGUAACUUUGUAUGCAGUUUUACAUGAAAAGAUUGUCCUAAGCUCACAUGCCGAUCAUCUCAUUUUAAGGGCAGUUUUUCUAAUUGAAGUGAAACACACACACACACACACUGCCUUAACCAUAUACAAAUGAACUAAUGUUACACCUCCUAAUAUGCACUGUUUCCAAUAACAGGGGGUCAAUGUUAUUAAUUUUUAUAUAUAAUAAUGAGUCGUGUGAAUAAUGUACCAUUUUAUACUCAUAAGAUAUACAGUAUGUCGCAGGUGAUAUGCCAAAGUGGCUCCCCAGGGGCCUGGGAUGCAACAGUGAUAGCAUGGCUCUACGUUUUUCUGAAUGGUGUCUGUGCUUGAGUUGAUUUUUGUUUUCAGUCUUUCAUUUAACAUCAUAUCAAAAUGUAUCCGAAGUCUGGCUCAUGGAAGCUGAAGUGAGAGAUUUUUUUUUUUACGCUCAGACUUAAAGGUGGCUUUCUCGUUUUUUUUUUUUGUUUGUUUGUUUGUUUGUUUUUUAAAUCGAAUUUUUGUCUGUUUCCUUUGUGUGUUUUCUCCUAAAGUCGAUUGUAAUCACAUCUGCGGCUGUGUCCACAGUCUAACACAAAAUAUCCAAAGCCUAUACUGUGUGUAUUGAUUUGUGUAUCGUUGAAUUUUGAGUCGGCCCGUAACGACAAUCAGUAUACCCAAAGCUAAACGCCUGCCUAUGAAGUAGCCUCAUGCUUGCAGAUGUAAAGAGCAGACAUUUUAUUUUCUGUAACUGCCUUCAUGCUGUAAGCACAAUAGGGAGACACGGUAUGGAUUACUGAUGUGCUAAUACAGCUCGCUUUGACCGGGGGGGGCAGUGGUUUUAAAAACAUAUUUUUGUAAUAUUGUAAUAUUUCACUGAGUGAAUUGGAGUACUUUAAAAGUGCCAUUUAUAUGAUUGUAAAGAAAAAAAAAAUGUUGGAAGUGAUGUAAAGUGGUAAAAACACAUAAUAGAAGUAAAAUGUAAGAUUGAAUCUCAAUGUUUAAUUUUUGACAUGGACCUAUUUGAUAGUAAGAUUAUAUUUUGUAAUAUUAGUAAAGCUAAUAUUGAUCUAUUAAUGAUAUUUCUCAUUGAGCCAGUAAAGCACAAGUGCAUUUGACAUUUCUUGAAUGUAAUCUAUAUUAAAUGGUUUUUCCCCUUUUCUGUAAAUAUCCCAUACAAAGUGUGAUUGUCCAUGUGUUACGAUAAAGUUUUAGCAGACUAAAAUACAAACAGUGAGAUGUCUGUCACGUAGCUUUUAUGUGUUUAUAAUUUACACAAUGAUUUAGUUAUCAUUAUAUCUUUUCGUCUUGGUUUUAUUCGAAUGUAAAACUGUGUUUUUUGUUUGUUUUUUUUCUGAAGGGAUACAUUACCUAAAACUCGCUGAAGCAUCCCCUUAAUAGGUUAUAUUUUUUGUUUAUGCGUUUCUCAUUAUUUUACAAUCCAUAAACAAAUCUUUGGUAAUGAAAGGGUUAUUAAUGCUGUCUUAUUUUAUUUUCUGUGUUGAUAGUUGUCUUUUUUGAUUUGUUUCAUUUUGAGCCUACUAGACUUUG